GUCUUUUAUCUUUAUUUAUUUCUGUAAAAAAUGAUAAAUAUCCGGUGUUUUUCCAGAAAGGGUGUUUUAACCCAUAUUUAAGCUUUGGUAGCAACUUCCUUCAGGUCUAUUUCUUUUAACUAGCAUUCUUAUCUUACAUUAAUCAUGUUACCUCCGUGUGCACACACCCUAACUACACACUCGGCCACACUCUCAUCUUGGACUUUAACCUAUCAUGGUGAAAUUUGAAGCUGCACUGCAUCUCCCCUUCCGUCCUUUGAAACCUGCCCAUAUGACUUCUAGCUUCACAGUUCCAAAAGGAAUUUCACAAGAAGAACAAAGUUAAAACAGGCAGAAAGACCAAGCUCAUCUCGACAGGGAUGGACAUAGGGAUGUUAGAGAUCCCUGCUGAGCUUUCCGCCAGACUGCGCAGUGCAGCAGGGGGCCAGCAUGGAUCACAGAUUACAGAAUUUGCACCUCCACAGGUGAAGGCACAACAUAGACUCACCCUUCCUAGGGACAUUGAUAGAUUUCCAUUCUCUCGCUUUGCCAAGUCUACAUUAAAGGAUACAUGGUCCCAGCCUCAAGGAUACCCACUCCAGAGACCCCUCAUGCCUUUGGAACCCGAAUAUACCAGAACGGCCUUGGAGAUUAAUAAACUGAUCUUACGGUUUAUGGCUGAAUCAGAUAUUGGCGGCUGGCAGGAGCAGAUCUUAGGUAACUACAUAGUGGAGAAAGGCCAGAACCAGCCGGCCUUGAGGGAUGAGAUCCUAGUCCAGUUAGUGUACCACACAUUGGACAAAAAGGCGGAACAGGACAGUCUGAGGGGAUGGCUUCUGAUGGCCUGCUGCCUGAGUGCCUUCACACCUUCACCAGUACUGGACAAAACACUGCUCAAGUAUGUGUCCGACCAUAGUCCAGCUGAGUAUCGCUCACUAUGCCAACACAAGCUGCUGACAUCUCUGCAGCUCCCAGCCCCCACUGCUCGAAUCUAUCCACCCACACAGCUGGAAUGGACAUCCAAUCAGAGGAAAGGAACAAUGCUUCUGGAAGUAAACACUUUUAAUGAUGAGGUAUUGACAACUGAAGUGGAGUCAUGGACAACGGGAGAGCAACUGGCCUCUUGGCUUCUUCAUUACAGAGGAGUGACUGAGGCUGUGCAAGGUUGGUCAGUAUCUCUUAUUACUGACGAAGGAUGGUCAGAUCUUGCUGGCUCAGACUUUGUAAUGGAUCUGUUUGCUGGAGCUGAAGCUGAACUGCCCCUAGCACCAGGGACACCGUCUUCCACAAACUCUGACUACCUGUUUAGCAACCAAGGAGAAAGAAAUCUGUUCACUGAUUUGGAUGACUUCAUCCCAGCACCACCUUCCAUGCAAGCUCCAAGACUGCCUCCCUUUGACGGAAACCGUUGGGGUAGAGAUUAUCCACAAGAGGGGCAUCGCAGACAGAUGGACUCCUAUAUUGAUGACAUGUUUGACCCUGUUCUAGAUCAAGCACCUCCGGAAAUGGAUAGAGUAGCCAUGUUAAACCGCAGAAUGAGAGGAGGAGGGGGGAUUGGACCUAUGCACCCUGGGAUGUAUGGAAGUGGUAUGCCUCUGACAAUGCCAAGCUAUCCCAUGGGCAACCCCACAGUUCCCAGUUAUGGUCCAGCUCCCAUGAUGCCAAAUAUGCCAGCCUUAAUGGUGCCUCAGCCUCCUGCUGCUAGUGACCCCAUGCAGAUGGCAGCAACUCAGCAAGCUCUCAUCAACCAACAGGCCUUACUUAUGGCCCAGCAGAUGACCCUGCAGGCAAUGACAUUGUCGCAGCAGCAGACAGAAGAACGCCAGAAGAAGGAACUGCACAAAAAGAAUGAGAAACAAAAAGAUGAGAAAGAUAGAAAGUUUAGAGAUGGGUCAACACGACGCUCAAGAGAGCGCUCAAGAGAGCGCCCAAGAGAGCUCUCCAGAGAGCGCCCAAGAGAGCGCCCAAGAGAGCGCCCAAGAGAGCGCCCAAGAGAGCGAUCAAGAGAGCGCUCAAGAGAGCGCCCAAGAGAGCGCUCAAGAGAGCGCCCAAGAGAGCGCUCAAGAGAACGCCCAAGAGAGCGCCCAAGGGGGCGCCCAAGAGAACGUCAGCAUUCAUCUUCCUCUCAAAGUCCCUCACCCCCACCAUUAAGGCCCAAAUCAUCUGCACGUAAACAAGCCUCCAAGCAACCUGAAGUUACGCAAGAAGAAGACAUUGACCUGCUAAAUCCAGAUGACCUACAAUCUUUCAAAGAAAAGAGGGAUUUCUUCCAAAAGAUUGGUAGUAAACCCAAAGGGAAAAAAAAAAUCUCAAAGCAAGACUCAGGUCCUUCCGAUCCAGUCAGACAAAAUCAACAGAGAACUCCUUCACCAAGCCCUUCACCCCCACCCUUACUACCGAAGCCUAAUGUGAAGCGUGAUUGCAGCCCUCCAAAUAAGAAACCAGAUCCCCCUAAAGAACCUACUCCAACUCCCCCCACAGAGCCUCAGCCUCAACCAACCUCUACAAUCAGGGAACUCAUUAAACAGUACAACAGUCGACCACAACCAGAACCCAAGCCAUUUGAGCCUACCAGACCUCCAAGUAAAGCAUUUAUGAAGAAGACUGACCCAAAACAGGAAGCACUAGCUAAACUCAAAAACAAAGCACCAGUGGCACAACCAAAGAAACAAAGGGUAUCUCAUCGUCCACCUCCACCUCCUCCUCCAACGUCCCCUUUGCCACAACUUUCUCCCCCCUCCACCAGGGGUCGCAAGGUCAUUUCUAAUGACAUGAGGCUGAAGCAGCGUCCACUGGAGGAGAUUUUUGGCUUCCAGGGCUCACAGUAUCCUCCCCCUGUUCCUCCUGACUCCCCACCACCUCCUCCACUGCAAGCUCCUGUCCUUCUGAACAUCCCAGACCCCCCACCUAUGACUGCUCCAUCUAUCUAUGAAAUGUCCGAUGAUGAGCGCCAUCAAUCCCAGCUUCACCGCUUCUCUGCUGGGGUUUAUUUCUCUCACUUCAACAUGCCAGGGAAACUUUUCCUGCGAAAAGAAGUGUUCUAUCCAAGAGAAGUGUUCAGCCGGCCCUACAUCCUUAACCUAUUGUGUGAACAGAUCAUGAGAGACACCUACUCUGACAGCUGUGUGAGAAUUGAUAGUGAAGAAAGACGGAAAAUGAAAGACCUCCUUGCAAAUUUCAAAGUGGGAACAAACAUAAAAACCAUUCAGGAUGACAGCAUGAAGAAGAGAAUUGUCAUUGCCGCUCGAGAUAACUGGAAAAACUACUUCAGUCGACUCUAUACUCUGACGCCACACGAUGGAGAUGCCCAGAUUUUGGGCAUUUCUCAUAGAGGGAUUCGUCUAUUGAAGGUGGUGAAAGCAUCAGGCAUCAACUCUAAACAUCUCAGACUGCUCAAAGGUUACAGUUUUGCAGAGGUGCUUUCUGUUAACCUUCAGGGAGCAGGCAAAGUAAAACUGGAGCUUAAAACUGAAAACUUGGUGCUGCAGUCAACCAGAGCUCCUCAGAUCACUGCCAUGAUUGAAGUUUUCCUGGAGGAACUCAUCAAGGACUCUGGUCAUGUGGUUGCUAUAAAGAGUUUUGUGACAGAUGACAAGACUCUUCUGAGCUUUAGCAAGGGGGAUAUCAUUAAACUGCAGGCGAUGGAAAUCCUCCAGACAGGUUGGGAAUUUGGCACGACUGGAGGGCGUUCUGGUCUUUUUCCACAGGACCUCACCCAGCCAUGUGCAGCCCCAGAUUACCACUGGAUUCACCUAGAUCGACGAGAUGACAGGAGAAAAAGCAUGAGAAAUGCUAAGCCCGUCAGUUUGUUCAAGGACCCAUCUCCAUUUCCCACCAACAAACACAUAGCCAACAAUCAUUCUGUGCAGUCUACUCAGGAGGCCAUGAAUCCCACUUCAGUACAGGGAUCACUCCAGAGAUCAGCACAAAGCUCACGACGAGGAUCAGACCAUGACUUAGAGGUCUUUUCUGCUAUGGCUGAUUAUGCUACAAAGUAUUUUAGAGUGGGGACAACAGGUGUGCCAGUCACUGGAAGAAAUGUUUCAGAUGCCGUUCAACACACAGAGGUCCCCAUCCAGGAGUCACUCAUUCUCUACAAUGAUUCUGAAAUCAGUGAUUUGGCUGUUAAGUGCUUCAACAAACUGAUGCAGUUUAUGGGCGAAAUCCAGCCAGAGAAUAAAACUACCCAAGCAGAUUGUCUGAAUCAUAUCCUGCUGUUAGGGCAGGAAAAGGAAAUACUUAGAGAUGAAAUCUACUGCCAAGUCAUCAAGCAAUCAACCAACAACUCCAUAAGAUCAAGCUGUACCUUUGGAUGGCGGAUGCUUAACCUCAUAACUGGUUUCUUCCCUUGCUCUGAUAUCCUGCACCCCUAUGUCAUGCACCACCUGCAAGAGAUCUCUCAGGACAACAAUCACCCAUACCAAGAGAUGGCAACUGUAUGUAUGGAUAACCUCCAACGUUCUAUGAUUUUUGGCGGUCGACGCAACAUCCCCUCACAAGUUGAGAUGGAGGCUCUUCUAACUGGCAAAACUUCUCAACGUAUGAUUAUCCAGUUGCCAGGAGGAGCAGAGUUUCCUGUCAAGAUCCGCAGCUUCAGUGUGGUAGUAGAUGUGGUGACAGAGUUGUGUGGAAACAUGGGAAUAGUGGAGUUCGCAGAGGUCAAGGAGUUUUCCAUCCUUGCCAAAAGACUUCAAGAUGGGAUGGUGCGUCCCCUACAUCCUGAGGAGUACUUGUUUGACUUCUUACUGGAUGAUGGCUCCAUCUUCUUGUCCUUCUGGAGAGUCCUCUGGGAAAAGCCCCUUUUCUUCAGAAAUGACCUCUUUGUGGAUUUUCACUAUCAGCAGCUUCUAGAGGAAUACCUUCAUGGUAAGAUAAUUAUUCCUCAUGCUGGAGGGACCUCAUCAGUUCAGCAGAUUGCAGAAUUGGCUGCCCUGCAGCAUUUGGCUCAGGGUUUGAAGGACCAGCCAUCACUGCCGGAGGUAAAACAGUACCUACCCCCACAAGACGGGCUCGCCAGUAAAGCUCAGGAAAUCCGGUCCGUUUGCCAUAAUCAGGUAGAUGCCAUGCAGUCUCUCAGUCCAAAAGAUGCCAAAAUACGGUUCAUUGAGUUUCUUAGAAACCUCCCUCUGUUUGGCUCCAAUACUUUCUUGGUCCAGAAAGUUAGCCAACGUGGCUGUCCUUCGCCCUGCUUAGUCUGCCUUAACACGGAGGGAGUUCUUUUCCUUCAUCCUAAAACACAGGAGCAAGUGUUUAACAUCGCCCUUGAACAAAUUCAGUCUAUGCGCACAAUCCGCCCUAAGAAAGAAGGCAAAGUUCCAUCAAUAGAAAUUCACUUUGGCAAUGCUGGCAAACCCCAAAACAUCCUGCUUCAUCUCAAGGAGGCUAAAGAACUGUGCCACAUGCUUGCUUUGACAAUAGAAGAGCUGACCCAACCAUCACUCACUAGUUAAGAAUCAGAUCACCAGUCGAUACCAUGUUCAGAUUAAUGGCUUACAUUAGCAGCAACGGUUGCUGAUCAUUUUUGUAUAUUUUUGUUUGUGUAAUUCAUUGUACAGUUUCUUCAGUGCUUAAACAGGCUAAAAACAAAUGUGCAAAAAUCUUGCUGAUCUUCUUCCUAGCAUUACAAAAGAGCAAUUAAGAGCUAACAAAUUAAGCACACUUAUCACAGAGAACACCAUGGAUUCUUGAAGGAGACAUAUUAGACAAAUCAUUGCGUGAAUUAAUCAUGCCUAAUAUUCAUGAAUUUCAAUUAUUUAACAUAUUAUUUGAAUGUUGCAAUGCAUUAUUAAUGAUUUUAACUUGAUGCUUGCUGCUGUCAUUUAGUGUAAUUUUUAAACAAAGAAACAUGAUCAUUUAUUUAUUGUUUUUGUAUUUUCUGUGACCUACUUCGAUCCAUUAGGAGGUUAUUCAUGAUUCUAAUUGUAUGAGAUAAGAAAAAAUCAAGUUAAGAAAAACUUACUUUUUGGAGAUUUUUUAAACAUUAACUGUAUUUUGUUUUUCACAAAUUGACAAUGAUUGCGUAGCCAAUUUUUGACCCUUCUUUUUCAGAAGAGGUUACUAUAUAGAUCAAUUUAGGCAAAAACACAAUUUCCAAAAAUGGUAAAUCUUCUUUUUGCUGAUAAUGUUUUUAGAAAUAUAACAUUAGGAAUAUAAUUUGAUCAAGAAAAAAGGUCAAUGCUUUGUAUUAUAGUUAUCUAAUUAUAGUAGGAUUAAAUAGCAAAUACUCUGUAAAUUACAAUAUAUACCUAAGAAAUAUUACUAGUCUACCUUGGUAAUUAUGAUGAAGUCAAUGUUUAACGCUUCACAAAUAACUCUUAGUUUACCAAUGGAUUGCACAGUAAAUGUUUGUAGGUUUGAGGAAACAGAAACAGUUUGAAUUGUUUCUUUGAUUUUAAAAGGUUAUAAGCAUAUAACUCACAAUCUGUUCAGAAAAUAUAAACUGUGCUGUUUUUACCAUGUAAUUCACAAUAACUCUGUUUUACAUAAAGGUACUAUAGAAAAC